CGACAAUACUAGCAACCACUUCUACUUCAUCGCGGGUAGGAUGAAAUGGUUUUUAUUUUCAUCCCGUAAGAAGAAUUGAACUAAGUAAACUCAGUAUACUAAAACGCAAAGAAAUUGUUACUUGUGUUGAGUGUCGUUAGGCAAAAAGCAUAUAUGUACUUUUCAUUGAUACGAAUGUUUUGUACAAUUAAUGGCGGAAUCUGAAUGCAAAAAGGUGAUUGUUGCUUAUCAAAUACUUGUAUACUGGAUGUUAUUUGAACUUCAACAAAAGUUUAUGACACACUUUUUGGAAAUAAACUUUUACACGCGGCUAAAGAUCUUCUAAAAACCCAAAAAUAACUAUGUGUUUCAAAUUGUACUUAAAACAAGUUGAUUAACACUUAUAGUUGGAUUCUAUUCUCCAAAUAAACUAUACGUAGACAAAUGACAACAAAAUAAAGGUUGAUUUCUUAAACAUUUUUACUGAUAUUUGCAAGAUGGAAGAGGACACCGAGUACAAAAAGUUAUCAGUGGAAGAACGAUGUGUACAUAAGCUAUGGAAAGCUCGCGUUGAUGGUUACGAAGAAGCAGCUAAACUAUUCCGUACAAUCGACGACGAAAAGUCUUUGGAAUGGAACAAAUAUCUAGGACUCAUUAGAAAAUUUGUCGUCGAUAACAAUGCGGUAGCACAGGAAAAAGGUUUAGAGGCAGCUUUAGUUUUUAUUGAGAAUAGUGGAAACGCGGGAAGAACAGUUAAUGAAGUAAUGGGUGGUAUCAUCACUAAAUGCAUAGGAGCACCAAAAGCUAAAACCAAGGAUUUGGCAGUUCAAAUAACAUUGAUGUAUAUUGAAGUCGAAAAACAGGAUGUUGUAUUGGAGGAAUUAUUGAAGGGAGCAGAGCAAAAAAAUCCAAAAAUAGUGUCAUCAUGCAUUGCUACAAUUACCCAAGCCUUGAAAGAAUUUGGAAACAAAGUAAUCAAUAUCAAACCAAUUAUGAAAAAACUUCCUGCAUUGCUAAGUGAUCGAGAUAAGUUGGUUCGAGAUGAAUCCAAAUCACUUACGAUAGAAAUUUAUAGGUGGGUUGGAGCUGCUUUCAAGUCACAAAUUGCUUCUCUUCCCACUGUUCUGUUAACUGAGCUGGAAUCUGAGUUUGAAAAGGUUGGCAACUGCAAAGCAAUUCCUACGAGAUAUUUGCGUUCUCAACAAGAGAAACAAAUGUUGGUUGUGGUUGGCACCAGUGGCGAUGCAGGUGAGGGUGCUAUAAAUGAUGAGGCAGAUGCAGUAGAGGAAAUCGAUCCAUUCGACUUAGUGGAUCCGGUGGAUAUUCUUUCCAAGUUACCCAAAGAUUUCUACGAAAAAAUCGAAGCCAAGAAAUGGCAAGAAAGAAAAGAAUCUUUAGAAGCAUUGGAAAUUUUAUUACAAAACCCUAAACUCCAGACCGGCGAUUAUGGAGACGUUGUACGUGCUCUUAAAAAAGUUGUCGUGAAGGAUACCAAUGUAGUUUUGGUAGCUCUUGCAGCCAAAUGCUUAGCAAUGGUUGCAAAAGGAUUGGGAAAAAAAUUCAAUCCGUACGCUGGGGUAUGCAUCCCGGCAAUUUUGGAGAAAUUUAAAGAAAAGAAGACCAAUGUCGUAAUUGCACUGAGGGAUGCUAUAGACGCAAUUUCUCUCUCUACCACAUUGGAAUGUAUGCAGGAUGAUAUUUCGGAAGCACUGGGAAAUAAAAAUCCAAGUGUGAAAAUGGAAACCGCUUCCUUUUUAGCACGAGCAUUUACUAAGACUAUGCCAAACGUAUUUAACAAAAAGCUUCUCAAAGCUUAUGUUAGUGCCUUGUUAAAGACAUUAAAUGAGUCUGACCCGGCAGUACGUGAUGCGUCGGCAGAAGCUCUCGGCACAGCCAUGAAAUUAAUAGGCGAAAAAACUAUUGGUCCAUACCUUUUAGAAGUAGAUGCUUUGAAACUGGUAAAAAUUAAAGAAUGUUGUGAAAAAGCCGUGAUAACAGUGAAAAUUCCCGGUCCUAGAAAGGAUAGACCAGCAACGGCCCCAGUUAAAAGUAAUUUAAUAACAGUCAAUGCAAAAAAAGGAGAGUCAGUAGAGCUUAAAUCGGUUGUAAGACCCGCAACUGCGGGUUCCAAGAAGCAGCUAGCAUCAAAGAAAACGCAUGGUUCUGCAGGUACAGCGAGUGGUCACGGAAUUUCAAAAUGUGCCAGUAGCUCGAAACUACUUCCAAUAGAGCGUAACAUGUCACAGGAGGAAAUUGAUGAAAAGGCAGCUGAAAUUUUUCCUGCGGAUGUUAUUAAUGGACUGGUCGACUCUAAUUGGAAAACACGACUUGCCGCUGUUGAAAUUUUUUCGGAAAUGAUUACGAGUCUAGAAAGUAAAUGCGAAUAUUCCCAAGUUAUUUUACGUUUCCUCGCAAAAAAACCUGGGCUUAAGGAUACUAAUUUCCAAGUUCUUAAAAUAAAACUCGAAAAUGUUAAACUGAUUAUUGAGAAACUUGGUAUAACAGUAAUCACAUGUGAUCAUAUUAUCAAUGAUAUUGUCGAAAAACUCGGAGAUGCGAAAAAUAACAUACCCGCAGGACAAGCAUUAAGCGCUAUCGCCGACUCAAUUAACUUAGAAUAUACAAUAUCAAAAGUGAUGGAUUUUGCUUUUGAACAAAAAUCUCCAAAAGUGCAACAAGAAGCUCUGAAUUGGGUUAGUAAUUCUCUCAAAGAAUUCGGAUUCCAGGUUAAUCCGAUACUGUUGCUUGAGGAUUCGAAAAAGGCGGUCCAAAGCAAUAAUCCAGGUGUACGGGCAUCUGGAAUUGCGUUACUCGGGACAAUGUAUCUAUUUAUGGGAAACACAUUAAUGGUGUAUUUUGAAAACGAGAAACCUGCUUUAAAACAACAAAUCCAAACUGAAUUUGAUAAGUACGCUGGAUUAAAACCUCCACCGAUUACAAAAGGACUAUUACAGUGUUCCAGAAAAAAUAAUAAGGAUGAUAAUUUGGACAUUUGCGGUGACACUGAAGAUCAGAUCAUGACAAACAAUAAUGACCUAUUACCACGAGUUGAUAUUUCAUCACAAAUAACGGAAUCUGUUUUGGUAGAAUUAUCAGAUAAAAAUUGGAAAACUAGGAACGAAGGCUUAGAUAAAAUAAAAACCAUCAUUAGUGAAGCUAAGUUAAUUAAACCUAACCUUGGAGACUUGCCGCAAGUAUUGGCUCAAAGGCUAGUUGAUAGUAAUGCAAAGAUUGCCCAAACAUCUGUGGAGAUUUGCGAACAAAUCGCUAUUGCCAUGGGUCCGCCCUGCAAACAAUACGUACGCGUUUUCUUUCCAGCAUUUCUCAAAGGUCUUGGUGAUGGUAAAGCGUUCAUCAGAAGUGCUGCUAUUUCGUGUAUAAAUACUUGGGGUUGCCAAGCUGGAUAUAAAGAAUUUUUCGAUGGAGAAAUGAUUGCUGAUGCUCUUAAGGCUGGCAGCCCGGCAUUGAAAACUGAACUAUGGGGGUGGUUGGCUGAAAAGUUGCCAUUGCUUCCAGCAAAGAGCAUACCAAAAGAUGAAUUGAAUGCCCUACUUCUUCCCUUAUACGCUAAUAUUUCUGAUAGAAAUGCGGACGUGCGAAAAAAUGCAAGUGAAGCUGUUCUAGGAAUAAUGAUUCAUCUGGGCUAUGAUGUUAUGUUGAAAGCUCUGGAUAAACAAAAACCGACUUCAAAAAAGGAUAUACAAGCUGCUUUAGAUAAAGCGCGACCAAAUUUGCCCAUCAAACCUUUGCCAAAAAAUAAACAACAGGCUCCUAUUUUAGACGAAUUGCCCAAAACUGUAAGACCCAUCACAACCAAGGUACAGAAAACUAUAACAGUAGGAGGGCCGAAAGCUAGCAUUCCAUCUACAUCUCGUAAAAAGGAAGAUGAAAUAGAGGGCUCUCCAUUGUUGGUAGUAAAUAACAUGAAAUGCCAACGUUUAUUGGACGAGCAGAAGCUUAAAGUUUUGAAGUGGACUUUCUCGAGCCCAAGAGAAGAGUUUACUGAUCUUUUAAAAGAACAAAUGACAUCGGCGAAUGUCAAUAAAGCAUUGAUUGCAAACAUGUUCCACGAAGAUUUUAGGUAUCAUUUGAAAGUAAUUGAUGCACUAGUAGAUGAUUUACCCAAAAAUGACAAUGGAUUAAUCUGUAACUUAGAUCUUAUUAUGAAAUGGCUUUCUUUGCGCUUUUACGAUACCAAUCCGUCAGUGCUGCUUAAAGGUCUGGAUUAUUUGAAUUUAGUAUUCCAAAUGCUUAUUGAUAAGCGGUAUGUAUUGGCAGAAAACGAAGGCAGUUCUUUCGUUCCGCAUCUUCUGACAAAGAUAGGUGAUCCUAAGGACGUGGUACGUAAUGGAGUAAGAACACUUUUACGUCAAAUAUGUUUGUUAUAUCCGUUUGCAAAAGUGUUUGUGUUUGUAACCGAUGCUCUAAAAUCAAAAAAUGCACGGCAGAGGGCUGAGUGCUUAGAUGAGCUAGGCUAUUUGAUCGAAACUUACGGACUUACAGUUUGCCAACCAACACAACAGGCAGCGCUUAGGGAAGUCGCAAAACACAUAUCUGACAGAGACAAUUCGGUUCGUAAUGCUGCAUUGAAUACUGUUGUGCAAGCUUACUUUCUUGCAGGAGAAAAAGUUUAUAAAUUAAUUGGGCAGUUGUCAGAAAAAGAUUUGUCAAUGUUGGAUGAACGGAUUAAGCGAUCGAAAAAAACAACUGUUAAAAAGUCGAAUGAAAUGGUGAAGGUUUCAUCGGUAUCAGAAAUUAAUGCCGAAAGUGAACUUUUGGAUGAUCAAGAAGAAGGAAAUGUCCAGAUACAACAACCUACGGAAAACGUACUAGUACGAUCGCCGGAAGUGAGUCAGCCUAAGGUUAGCGGUCCAUUUAAGCUAGACGAAAAUGUGAUCUCCGAAAUCGAAUGCAACUGGUUGAAGGCUGAUUGUUACCGUAAAAAGGAUUUGCCAAAAAUCGAUGUGGCAUUCAUCUACGAAUCGAUCAAGGUUAUUCCAGUUCGUGGUGUGGCCUACCCUGAAGAUAAGUUCCAACAGAUGCUGACACGCACCUUGUAUCGACCUAUUAGUGCACACUCGCGUGAAUAUGCGAUGAGUCCGCCAUCCCACAUGCGUUCAUCUGCCUACGGAGGAACAAAUAAGCCCAAACCAACUGCAAAUUUGGCUGACGCGUUACCUAAGCUUGACCCGAAUCUAUUGCGUAUUAUUCGAAGCAUUGGCAGCGCUGAUGUUUACACUGCACAUGCAGCUAUCAACGAAUUGUCAGAUAUUCUGGAGUCACAUGAAAGGCAAGCGGUUCUGAGAGAUUAUGAAGAAAUAUAUAUACAGUGUAUACUUCAACAAUUUAAGCAUUUGCAGCAAAAGCCUUUGACAGAAUCUCUAGUAAUGUAUCAACCACUGUUACACAGCACCUAUUCGUUUUUUGCAUCAAAACCUCUUGGCAAAAAUUUAUCAAUAAACACAAUAAAAAGUAUUAUUGCGGUACUUUUGGGAUUAAUGGCAGAUAAUAAACUAUGUGGGAGCAGUGAUGACGCGCAGUUUACAAAAGUCGUGAACGGCAUCUGCCUAAAAAUCCUCGAUCGUACGAACUUCACUUAUUUGAACUGUGCUUUAGUCCGCUUACUUAAAGAGUCCUGCCAGACAAGUUGCUUGCCGAAAUUCACUGAUCUGUUAAUGAAAUGUAUUUGGAGAAAUAUCAAAGUUAUUCCAGAUCGACUCCCGGAUUUAGAAUAUGAUGCAGUACUACUAGAAGUACACGAUUUUAUGCUAGCAUUGCCGAGCGGAUGGUGGCAGCAACGCCCUUCUGAUACACCUCUACGCACCAUUAAAACAAUUAUUCAUAAUAUGACAAAAAUUAAAGGGAAUGCAAUAAUGCAACAUUUAAAUAAAAUUCCAAGUCAUUCUGAACUAAAUACUUAUAUUCUUCGGAUAUUGAAAAAUCUUAACAAAGAGCUUACGUCUAAUUCUGUUAAUCAGCACGCUUCAGCGAUAACCAUUUCCAACAGUGAAAACAACAACACUCUACAUAAAUUUGGUCAUAGACCAGUACACGAAACGCAUGAAGAAGUUUCCGUUAUAUUCAAGCUUAUUUCAAACACGGAGACUAGUCAUGAGGGCUUGGCAAAGUUGUAUGAUUUUAAGCUGAAAAAUCCUGAUGUCGAUAUUGUUCCAUUUCUAAAGGGUGCUAGCGUGAGCUUCCAAAAAUAUAUAUUCGACGGUUUAGCAGAAUUAGAUACUAGCAAACAGAGUACCCGUGAAAACUCAAAAAAUGUUUCAACUGUCAAUCGAUUAGCUCAAACAACAACGAACCCUGAUUACUGGAUGGAAAGAUUGAACUCACUGAUGACAAAAACUCAUCACCAAUCAAAUCAUCAAAAUAGCAGUCAGCAUGCAGACAGUAAGAUUAUCGACGAGAAUCUCAAUCAUAAUCAGCUUCAGCCAAAAGUGAAUUUACUUCGAAAGGAAGCAAUCGGAUGUUUGGGUUCUGGAUUGGUUUUUAAUAUUGGAGCAGAUAGCAGUGAACAUGGCGAAGACAACAGUGGAAAUUCAAGCAUCAUGAGUAGCAUACCAUUGCAACGGCGUGAAUUGUUGGCUCAAAAAUUGGAACAGAUUAAGCGGCAGAAGUAGAAUACUAGCGCUAAUCAGUUUAAUUUUUGCUUUUAUUGUUUAGAUUUUUACAUAACAGGACCCUUAGAAAGUUUGUAUAAAAACUUCAGAUUGAAACACAGUCAACAGUCGCGUAAGUUUGUAUGGUGCAAAGUAUUAAAUUUAUCAAUAUUAAUACUAAUACCAAUAAUAAAAUUCCAUUUAAUAAUAAACUGACCAAUUAAGAGGUUUUCAUUUUCAGUUUAGAAAUUUCACCGAUAUUCUAUUUAAAAUUUUAAUAUGUAUCUUGAAUCGUUUUGUUUUUCUUUCUCGUUUUACUUGUGAUCAUUGCAUUAAAAUAUUUCUUUUUAUUUCACCGCUUAGUUUCCUGUGUUGGUUGCAAAGUUUUAAAAAGAUUUGAAAAUGUUAGUUUGCCCUUAAAGCGGAGUAUUCGCAUAAAAAUAUAACUAGGAUUAUCAAAUGAAGCAACUCACUCAAAACACACAGCUAAAUUUAUUGGAUAUUAAACAGUUUGAUAAUACAA